GAUCUGGCAGGAUGGAUCAAAUUGAAUUUAAAUUAACCAUUUCUGAUAUAUUUGAAGUGUCUGAUAAUUUGUAUUUGCUCCUAGUUUGUGUAGAUGGCUUAUUCACAAAUGAAGAUUUAGUCAUGAAUGAAGAUUCAAUUACUGAUGAAGAUCUAAUCGCUAAAGGCAGUUCAGUUACUAAUGAAGAGUUAAUCACAGACAAAGCAUUGGCUACUAAUGAAGAGUUAGUUAUAGACAAAGUAUUGGCUACUAAUAAAGAGUUAGUUUGA